AUGAGAAACACUCAAAGGCCCUCAGUAGGACAUAGAGUUAUCGACACACAAAAGACCCCAGUAGGACAUGGAGUCAACACCAAUCUAAGGCCUUCAGUAGGACAUGGAAUGAGCGACACUCAAAGGCCCUCAGUAGGACAUGGAGUUAUCGACACACAAAAGACCCCAGUAGGAUAUGGAGUGAACACCAAUCUAAGGCCUUCAGUAGGACAUGGAGUGAGCGACACUCAGAGGCCCUCAGUAGGACAUGGAGUUAUCGACACACAAAAGACCCCAGUAGGACAUGGAGUGAACACCAAUCUAAGGCCUUCAGUAGGACAUGGAAUGAGCGACACUCAAAGGCCCUCAAUAGGACAUGGAGUUAUCGACACACAAAAGACCCCAGUAGGAUAUGGAGUGAACACCAAUCUAAGGCCUUCAGUAGGACAUGGAAUGAGCGACACUCAAAGGCCCCCAGUAGGAGAUGGAGUGAGCGACACUCAAAGGCCCGCAGUAGGAGAAGGAGUGAGCGACACUCAAAGGAUCCCAGUAGGAGAUGGAGUGAGCGACACUCAAAGGACCCAAGUAGGAGAUGGAGUGAGCGACACUCAAAGGCCCCCAGUAGGAGAUGGAGUGAGCGACACUCAAAGGCCCCCAGUAGGAGAUGGAGUGAGCGACACUCAAAGGCAUACAGUAGGAGAUGGAGUGAGCGACACUCAAAGGCCCCCAGUAGGAGAUGGAGUUCGCAAUACACAAAGGCCCCCAGAAGGAGAUGGAGUGAGCGACACACAAAGGCCCCCAGUAGGAGAUGGAGUGAGCGACACUCAAAGGCCUUCAGAAGGAGAUGGAGUGAGCGACACACAAAGACCCAGUAGGAGAUGGAGUGAUUGA